AUGUCCGGCGGCCUUUUCAAGCCCGAGAAGGACUUCACCAAGGAUGCCGACAAGCUGAUCCCUGAGGCCGAGGGCCUUGCGAAGACCGAUGUCCAGGGAGCGGUCGAUAAGCUGUUGGGUCUGGAGAAACAAUCGAGACAGGCAUCCGACUUGGCCACUACCUCGCGACUCUUGAUUGCCAUCGUCACAAUCAGCAAGAACUCCGGCGACUGGAACCUUUUGAACGACCAAGUGUUGCUGCUCUCAAAGAAGCAUGCCCAGCUCAAGCAGGCCACGACGAAGAUGGUACAGACAGUGAUGACAUUCCUUGAUGCGACACCGAAUUUGGAAGUCAAGCUCUCUGUGAUCGAGACUCUGCGCACAGUGACCGAGGGAAAGAUCUUUGUUGAAGUAGAGCGAGCUCGCGUCACUCGCAUCCUUUCCAAUAUCAAGAAGACCCAAGGCGACCUCAACUCGGCAGCAGACAUCCUUUGUGAACUGCAGGUGGAGACCUUCGGGUCAAUGACAAGACGUGAGAAGACAGAAUUUAUCCUGGAGCAAGUCGCUCUGUGUAUCGAGCGCGAAGACUGGACCCAGGCUCAAAUUCUGAGCCGUAAGAUCAACAAGCGAUACUUCAACCGCAAGCCCAAGAAGUCCGCUGAGGAGAUUGAGAAGCUCAAGAAGGAGGCAGAGGAGCGAGAGAAGACCCGGGCGUCUGAUGAGGCCCCCAUGGAGGUGGAUGACGAUGUUACAGAUCUUAAGCUACGAUACUUUGAGCAGCAGAUCAUUUUGGCCAACCACGACUACAAAUACCUCGAGGUAUGCAAGAACUACCGCGAGGUUUUGGACACGGAAGCAGUUGAGAACAACCCGGAACACCUGCGUGCAUCACUCGCCCGCAUUGUCUAUUAUGUUGUUCUGGCCCCCUACGAUAAUGAACAGUCCGAUCUCCUGCACCGCAUCAAGCAAGACACCCGUCUGUCACAAGUUCCCGAAGAAGCCCGCCUGCUCAAGCUGUUCACCAUCCCCGAGCUGAUGCGCUGGCCCAUGGUCGCCGAGCAAUUCGGCCCCCACCUGUGCAACACCGACGUAUUUGACGCCGACGCGAAGCAAACCACCGACAACCAGGCCAACACGAGGUGGCAAGACCUGCGCAAGCGGGUCAUUGAGCACAAUGUCCGCGUGGUGGCCAAGUACUACACUCGCAUCCAGAUGAGCCGUCUGACUCAACUGUUGGAUUUGACUGAGGAGGAAACCGAGAAGUACAUCAGUGAUUUGGUCACCCUGAAGACUAUCUACGCUAAGAUUGACCGUCCCGCACGUCUGGUCAACUUUGCCAAACCCCGGGAUGCGGAUGACGUUUUGAACGAGUGGAGCAGUGACAUGAAGAGCCUGCUGGGUCUGCUCGAGCGCAUUGAUCACCUCAUCACCAAGGAGGAGAUGAUGGCCCGCAUCCAGCCUACUCGCAGUGACAUGGGCAAGGCUUAA